UUGCUAGCCCCGAUGGACCUGGGAGAGGAGCCGCUGGAGAAGGCGGCGCGCGCCCGCACUGUGAAGGACCCUAACACCUACAAAGUGCUCUCGCUGGUGUUGUCAGUCUGUGUGUUAACAACAAUCCUCGGUUGUAUAUUUGGAUUGAAACCAAGCUGUGCCAAAGAAGUUAAAAGUUGCAAAGGUCGCUGCUUUGAAAGAACCUUUGGGAACUGCCGCUGUGAUGUUGCCUGUGUUGGGCUUGGAAACUGCUGUCUGGACUACCAGGAGACGUGUAUAGAACCAGAAAGGAUAUGGACUUGCAGCAAGUUCAGAUGCGGUGAGAAGAGGUUGUUGAGAAGCCGCUGCUCCUGUUCAGAUGACUGUAAAGACAAGGGCGACUGCUGCAUCAACUACAGCUCUGUGUGUCGAGGUGAGAAAAGUUGGGCAGAAGAAACAUGUGAGAGCAUUGAUGAGCCGCAGUGUCCAGCAGGGUUUGAGACGCCUCCAACCCUCUUAUUUUCUUUGGAUGGUUUCAGGGCUGAAUAUUUACACACUUGGGGUGGACUUCUUCCUGUUAUUAGCAAACUAAAGAAGUGUGGAGCAUACACUAAAAACAUGAGACCAGUUUAUCCAUCAAAAACAUUUCCCAACCACUACAGCAUUGUCACGGGACUUUAUCCGGAGUCUCAUGGCAUAAUUGACAAUAAAAUGUAUGAUCCCAAGAUGAACGCUUCCUUUUCACUUAGAAGUAAAGAGAAAUUUAAUCCUGAGUGGUACAAAGGAGAACCAAUUUGGCUCACAGCUAAGUAUCACGAUCUCAAAUCUGGCACAUUCUUCUGGCCAGGCUCAGAUGUGGAAAUAAAUGGAAUUUUCCCAGACAUCUAUCAAAUAUACAAUGGUUCGGUGCCAUUUGAAGAAAGAAUUUUAGCUGUUCUUAAGUGGUUGCAGCUGCCUCAAGAAGAGAGACCACACUUUUACACUCUGUAUUUAGAAGAACCAGAUUCUUCAGGUCAUUCCUAUGGACCAGUCAGCAGUGAAGUCAUCAAAGCAUUGCAGAGAGUUGACAACAUGGUUGGCAUGCUGAUGGAUGGUCUGAAGGAGAUCAACUUGCAUAGAUGCCUCAACCUCAUUCUUAUUUCAGAUCAUGGUAUGGAACAAGGCAGUUGUAAGAAAUAUAUAUAUCUGAAUAAAUAUUUGGGAGAUGUGAAAAAUGUUAAGGUUAUCUAUGGACCUGCAGCUCGGUUGCGGCCUACUGAUGUCCCAGAUAAAUACUAUUCAUUUAAUUAUGAAAGCAUUGCCAGAAAUCUUUCUUGCCGAGAACCAAACCAGCACUUCAAACCUUACUUAAAACAGUUCUUACCCAAGCGUUUGCACUUUGCCAACAGUGACAGGAUUGAGCCAUUGACAUUCUAUUUGGAUCCCCAGUGGCAGCUUGCACUGAAUCCCGUAGAGAGGAAAUACUGUGGAAGUGGAUUUCAUGGCUCUGAUAACUUAUUUUCAAAUAUGCAGGCUCUUUUUAUUGGCUAUGGACCUGCAUUUAAGCACGGAAUUGAAGCUGAUCCUUUUGAAAACAUUGAAGUCUAUAACUUAAUGUGUGAUUUGCUGAAUUUGCAACCAGCAUCAAAUAAUGGAACACACGGCAGUCUCAAUCACCUCCUAAAGAAUCCUGUUUACAUCCCAAAGCAUCCCAAAGAAGUCAGCCCCUUGACCCAGUGCCCACUCUCGAGAGCCAGCAGAGAUACCCUGGGCUGCUCUUGCAACCCCUCAAUUUUACCAGUUGUGGAUUUUCAGACACAGUUGAACCUGACUGUAGCAGAAGAGAAGAUUAUUAAGCGUGGUGCUUUACCCUAUGGAAGACCCAGGAAUCUCCAGAAGAACAGCACUGUCUGUCUUCUUUAUCAGCACCAGUUUGUGAGUGGGUACAGCCAUGACUUCCUCAUGCCCCUUUGGACGUCCUACACUGUUGGCAGAAAUGACAGUUUCUCCACAGAAAACUUUUCCAACUGUUUUUACCAGGAUCUUCGAAUUUCUCCUAGUCCUGUCCAUAAAUGCUCAUUUUAUAAAAAUAAUGUGAAACUGAGUUAUGGCUUCCUGUCCCCACCACAGCUAAAUAAAGAUUCAAGUCAAAUACAUUCUGAAGCAUUGCUUACCACUAAUAUAGUGCCAAUGUACCCGAGCUUUCAAGUUAUAUGGCAGUAUAUCCAUGGCAGUCUACUGCGAAGAUAUGCUGAUGAGAGAAAUGGUGUCAAUGUUGUUAGUGGUCCUGUGUUUGACUUUGAUUAUGAUGGACUUUAUGAUUCCUCAGAGACUCUGAAACAAAACCGCAAACUCAUCCGUAAUCAAGAAGUUCUGAUUCCAACUCACUUCUUCAUUGUGCUGACAAGUUGUAAAAACACAUCACAGACUCCCGUGCAGUGUGAAAGUUUAGAUACAUUAGCUUUUCUUCUGCCUCACAGGCCUGAUAACAGUGAAAGCUGUGUGAAUGGGAGGCCAGAAUCAUUAUGGGUUGAAGAGUUGCUGCAGUUACAUGGAGCCCGGAUCGCAGAUAUUGAGCACAUCACUGGACUGAGCUUCUAUCAAGAAAGAAAAGAGCCAGUUUCAGACAUUUUAAGAUUGAAAACACAUUUGCCAACUCUCAGCCAAGAAGAAUGA